GAGGGAACCUUUGCCUGCAUGAAGGCAGCAUACGACUGUGGUAUCAACUUCUUCGACUGCGCCGAGGGGUACGCCGAUGGCAAGUCUGAGAUCGUCAUGGGAAAAGCCAUUAAACAUUUCGGCUGGAAGAGGAACGAUCUGGUGGUUUCCACCAAGGUAUGUCCCUCGCCCGACUGCAAGCAAGGCGGGCGAUGCUGAUGAAGUAAUAGCUUUACUGGGGAGGCGCAUUUGGCGACAACAUUGUCAACAACAAAGGUCUUUCGAGGAAGCACGUCCUGGAAGGCAUGGCUGCGUCGCUCAAGCGUCUAGAUCUCGAAUACGUUGAUCUUGUUUUCGCCCACCGACCUGAUCGUCAGACCCCCAUCGAGGAGACAGUCCGUGCUUUCAACCACCUCAUCACCACAGGUCAGGCUUUGUACUGGGGUACCUCCGAGUGGAAUGCCGACGAGAUUGCCCAGGCAUGGCGGUACGCCGAUAAGCUUGGGCUCAUCGGCCCCUUGAUGGAGCAGCCUGCAUACAACAUGCUGAACCGCGAGAAGGUUGAGUUGGAGUACGCUCAUCUAUACCGCGAGACUGGUCUGGGGCUCACGACGUUUUCUCCGCUGAACAAGGGCCUCCUGACGGGAAAAUACAAGAAUGGCAUCCCCGACGAUUCGCGCUUCGCUCAGACUGACGUGCCCUUUAUCAAGGACUUCCUGAGCAAGAACCCCAAGGAGAAGUGGGAUCCCGUCAUCCGCCAGGUCAACUCGCUGGAGCCUAUCGCUGAGAAGUUGGGCAUCAGCCAGGGCACAUUGGCCUUGGCUUGGGUUCUGGCCAACCCGAACGUCAGUUCCGCCAUUAUUGGAGCCAGCAGGCCUGAGCAGGUGUUCCAGAAUGUGAAGGCCCUUGAGGCUGUGGAGAAGUUGACGCCAGAGAUUCUGAAGGAGAUCGAUGAGCUAUUGGGGAACAAGCCAGCAGAGAUCACGCAGAGGUUCUAGGAUUCUAGAGCAAAUAAUGAACGAGAGUGUCACGGUCAGCAAUAUAUAGACUCAUGGUAAAAAGUACGAAUACGUGCACUUCUUGAUCGUUGUUGUAAGUUACGUUGACCACAGGGAGCUUCCGUAGCAAACAGAGGAUCGUCUGCAACGAGGGUAGGUGGUCAUUGGUCGGCCCAACUCAAUACAUGGUCUUAAGCGG